AUGCCGUGGAAGCAAGCACAUUCGUCGACGGUCGUGGCCAGGAGCCAAGCGCAUGCGGUUAGCAUGCAUCGCAACGGCCACCGAGGAGGGGGUGGGGGGGUGGGGGCCGAGGAGGAUGCCGACGCCGGCUCCCUCGCCGUUGCGCCGAGGAGGAGGGAGCGCAUGUCAUCGGCGACGGACGCUUGUGCGACCAAGAUUGGUGGGAAUGAGCCGUGA